GAGAGUCGAGUCAAGUCAAGGACGCGGUUCCAUCUUUUUCUUCCGUUUCGCAACUUGCCAAUCGCCCUUCAAUGAGUUAAGUAGAACACCCACGCUCGAGAUAGGAAGAUUUAGGUGUCCGAAUGGCCACUUCGGAGGAACAAUUCGAGUAUGACGUGUUCCUGAGCUAUAAUCGAAGCGAACGUGACGCCGGCAGCUUCUUCCCGCAGCAUCUGCACGACGUCUUGAAUCAGAACGGCAUCAAAUCCUACAAAUACAGCGAAGAUCUCGAGCAGGGUGAGGAAAUAGCCCCCGCGGUUGUUGAGGCCAUCAAAGCUUCCCGAAUUUUCGUCGUCAUCUUGUCGAGACGCUACGCUUCUUCGGCAUCGUGUUUGAGCGAGUUGGUCAAAAUCCUAGAGCAGGACAACCUGAUCGGGAAAAGGGUGAUGCCUUUGUUUUACGGAGUGGAGCCGGCCUGCGUCCGGAGACAGAGAGAGAGCUACCAUGAAGCAAUGGCGGAGCACGAGAGCCGGUACGGGAGUGGCUCGGAUAAGGUGAGGCGAUGGAGAGAAGCUCUUGGGGAAGUCGGAGAACUGCGGGGGUGGAUUCUCCCCCUCAAUCAAGGCGAAGCAGAGUCUAUUCAACGAGUUGCCGAGGAUAUCGGAAUAACGCUCCAGCAACUGAACGCCCCGACCGCCCUGGAAGCGAGUCCUACGAGCCCAAAAUGGGCCGGAGUCAUCUGGAAAUUGACGGUGGGUGCACCGUUGAUUUUCGCCCUACCCCUUCUAAUGGUAGCGAGCGGGGGUGUUCGCGAAUUGCCCAUCGGUGUGGUGAUUUUUGCUGUCUCUUUUUGUGCUUUCGUGUACCUCGUAUUUGCCACGAUAAUUCUUCACAGUAGCAAAGGACAGAACACUGCCUAA